UUUUAGCCCUUCUUUAGUAAGCAUUUUAGAAUGGCUUCACUUCAGAAGGCCUAGCUAAAUUAUCUUCUGUGUAGAUAAAUGGACAUGUCCAAACAGGUUAAUUAUAUAGACAACGUUGGUGAUACUACAAACGUUAUCGCGCGAGUUCUUGAUGCACCAACCAAUCUACCUAUUUUGGUGCAAGAUUCCCACCUUCAAAGCAAUUCGGUUUUACCGCCUCCAGCGCACAUAUCGGACGUUUUGUUGGAUUUGUCGAAAAAGUCCACAACAGCUGAUGACUAUAGUAAUACUUCUAUAGAUGUGGCAAAUCAAGAUAUUUUACCUCUGGAUUUAUCUUUGAAAUCAUCUAAUUUAAAUGAGUCUUCCAAAAAUGACGCUUCUUCCGGAAAUUUGGAGGCAGAAACAGAACAAGUCUUCGAUAACAAUGAUUAUGAUUCAUUUGGCCCAGGUUUGGACAUGCCGCUUAUUGACAUUGAGGACAAUAUUAAUGCAUUCAUGGAAUUAACCAACAACCAGGAGCUUACGUCAACAACAAUAAAAAUCACUACUUCAGCAGUCUGUGAUAUAGCUCCCACUAUCGUGCAGAACACUGACAAUGCAUUGCCAAUAUGUGAUUUUGAACUCAGUGAAAUUCUUAGUGACAACACACAUUGCAGAAGUGAUUGCAAUAUCGAAACCCAAAUUGAAAAUCAGUGCGAUGCUGUAAAAGAGAAUAAUUUAAAGUCUGAAGUAAAUAAAACUCUAUCAGAACAAUAUCCGAACAUCACCGAUGUUAACGUUGUCAACGCUGAGCACAAUCACUGUGAAGUCGUGAGGAAUCCCUCCUCCUUUAUCCAGCCUGAGGCAAAUUUAACUGAGGAUAACAAAACAGAUUCGGAUAAAGGGGCUAAGUCAGACAAAAUCGCAGAUAAUGAACCUUCUAAAUCAACAGAUUGCGAAAGUUGUGAAAAUAAAACCGGGGACCAUCCUUCGCUGUGUGUGCAUCGCGUUGAUGAACUACAUGGAGACUCAAGUGAUAAGUGUUCUAUUGAUUUCCUCUUCAUGGACACUGAAUCUCUUCUACCAAAUAAAAUGGUGUUUUCCUUUGAUGGCUCAGCUGCUCUUUCGGAAACAGAUACACAUUUACCUAGAAGCGAAGUUGACCAAACUGCAAACGACAGUAAGCGGCAAAUCAUCGAUGACCAUGAUAAUGCCGCUUGCGAUUUGUCAACGAAAGAUGAUCAUUCGAAGAGUAUAGAUUUGAUAGAGGACGAUCAGUGUCAUCAUGUUAGCGUGCACUUACCAAUGCCACAGCUAACACUGAUGGACAGCAGCUCCGAAGAGUUCCGUGACGAGUAUGAGUUAGGAUUCGAAAGCAGUCAAGAAAAGGAGGAUUUAAUGGGAGCAACAGAAAAACAACAUUUUUGUGCAGAUCAGCAAUAUGAACAAAUCGAGGAAGUUAAAUUUAGCAGAAACGAUGUGACUGAAGAUGAUUACAAUGAUUCAGGUAUAGAAAAGUCUAUGCUUGACAAUGGAUUUGAAAGCACAGAAGCAACGGCAAUCCCAAUGAUAUCAUUCGAGGGAAACUCUGAAAUUUCCAAAGCUUUGGAGGAUGGGUGUAGCAAUGAAAAAAAUAAAGACGAAAAGCCGGAACCUACUUUUGCUGAAGAACCUCUUACAGAAAAUGAAGGAAGAGAAGCUUCUACUUUGGACGAUUCUGCUAUAUGCUGUAAGCAGGAAGAUUCUAAUGCAGACAAUGAAUUUGAAACAGGAACAUCCGAGCAGAAAAACAAUUUUGAGCUAAACGGCAAGCAAGACCUACCGUCCGAUAAGGAAAUUUAUUUAGAAGAUCUUCAAUACGGCGAAAAAGAAGUUUCUUACCAGGAGUCGGCACAGCAAAUCCCUAUAGAACCAGAUAAAGCGUUGGAUAAUAACGUACCGGAUGUCGUGAAAACGUGUAAACCUGAUUCUCUUUCAAGUUUGUCUGUUUUGGAGAUAGAGUCGAAGCUAGAUGAUGCCUGUCUUGAUUUUGGCGACGACUUGGAAGAUGACGCGAUGUCCCUAGCAACAUCAUGUUUUAAUUCCUCGGAUGAUGAGCGUUUUACGGAACUUGAUAAUAAUUGUGUUGAGACUUCACCAAAUAAAAAUAACAGAGAAAUGGAUACAAAAGUGUUAAAUGUGGUUGAAGAGAAUUUUUCGGAUCAUCACACAAAUUAUGUUGAGACUUUGGAAAAUAAAACUAAUGAAAAAGAUGAUACAAAAACGUUUAAUAUUGAAAAUCAUGAAAAGUUGGACGAUAAGAGUAAGAUCAUCAAACUAGAAACCACUCAUAAGGCUACUGAUGUAUCAAUUGAUAUUUUCAAGAAGUUUAAAAUACCAAAAAUAUCUUUGACAACAGCAACGACGAAGCAUAGCAACCCUGCAGUUACAGCGGCAGCACCUUUACCUAUGGUUAUACUCCCACCAAAUGCAUUCAACAGGCAGGCGGUCAAAACGGAACCAGAUUCCAUGAAAACCGUGAACUUUGAAAAUAUAACUCGCACUGUGCAAAAUGUGUGUGCGGUAACACCAUUAACUCUUCAACCACCGACUCAUGCUAGUGGCACUGUAGCUAUUCCGCAUAAUGCGCUUAACACAGUCCCACCUAUUAUUCGGGAUAUACUGCAGUUGGCCCCGUCUCUUAUUGCAGAAAACUCGAGAGAUUUUAAAGCACUCAAUACGCAGCAAGUUACAUUUAACCGCGGGGAAUUCGGUGGUAAUGGUGGCGAUGGUAGAAAUUUUGGUCCGCCCACAGUCGUUGUCGCUAAAACAUUUGGUGUUACGUGCUUACCUUUCCUGGUAGGAAGAUGUUUUACGCUGGCAUCCUGUAAAUUUUCGCACACAUUUCGGGAGCCCGAAACAGUCCGAAAUAUAUUGAUUACCUUCUCAGAGGUAGAUUUAAACUUAGCAUAUAGAUUUGCUUAUAAUAAUGAACUAGUUUUUCGCCAAUAUAUGCACGAAUUCUGCAGGGUAUAUUUUGAGCGAAACAAUCGUUUGAAAUUAUUGCACCUGGUGCGUGAUUGUGAACGAUACAAAGGGGGAGGAGAGCUUUUGAUAACGAUCUUUCACAGCCUGCAGUACUGUGGUUUAAACAAAGUUAAUGCGUGCCGGCAGAUCUUAAGCUACAGUCGCGACAGAUCAAGACCCACUAUAGACGCGUUACUGGACAUAAUUUUAGAAGCUGAUUGGACUAUGUUUUGUGACUAUAUUGAAAAAUUUAGCGAUAUUUCUUCAUAUCACUUUCGACUAAAUGUACUGCAUCAGAUGGCAUCCACAGUUUUGCGCGCAAACGAUCAACGGAUGACGUCGCUAUUCUUUAGAUGUCUAGUAAAUUUGGAUCCUAAGGAUGUAGGUCUCGUUCAGUCCUCUCCAAUUUUAAUGCAAUUAUUGGAGUUAAUAAAGAAUGGACAAAUUUGCCGAUAGAUGUACCAAUGUGACUGAAUUCGUUGUUUACAUAAGUAAUUCCUUUAAUUAAAUGUUGAGAUUAGCAUUAUACCUUAUAUCCAGGUGGAUACAUUAAUUAUUUUUUAUUAAAGUUCUUAAGACUUACCUCGUUAUAAAGGUAUGAAAAUUCAAAGAAUAGAAUUCUUGUGUUCAUUCUCCACUCAAUGUGAUUAUUACCUUUUGGUAAUAAAAAUGAAUUUACAUUGUACUUUACGAUAGAAAGAUAUUUAUUUAAAGUAUUUCUUACUUCGAACAGAAUUGUUAUAAAAACUGAAUAGAAUUAAAAUUUAUAAACACAUAUACAUCGUAUAUGGUAAAAUCAUACAAUAAACACACUUAAAAAAUC